GUCCAGGAAGGAGCGGGGCCUGUGCAGAACUCUGGUUCGCACCGCAGCAGCUGCGGCGGCGGGCGUUGCGGGAGUCGCGGGCGGUGGGCAAUGACUGAGCUCGGCCUGGGGUCAGCAGGCCCUCGCCCUGCAGACUCGAGGUGGCUUACUGAACAGAUGGUUGGCCGAGAAUAUGGGCAGUGUGGAAAGGAGGCGAAGAACAAAACAUGACAGAAACAGAUGCCUUUUACAGAAGGGAAAUGUUUGAUCCAGAAGAGAAAUACAAGAUGGACCACAAGAGGAGAGGAAUUGCCCUAAUCUUCAAUCAUGAGAAAUUCUUUUGGCACUUGACUCUGCCGGACCGGAGGGGCACUUGUGCAGACAGGGACAACCUGAUUCGCAGGUUUUCAGAUCUAGGAUUUGAAGUGAAAUGCUUUAAUGAUCUUAAAGCAGAAGAACUUCUGCUCAAAAUUCAUGAGGUAUCAACCUCAAGCCAUGCUGAUGCUGACUGCUUUUUGUGUGUUUUCCUGAGCCACGGCGAAGGCAAUCACAUUUAUGCUUUUGAUGCCAAGGUUGAGAUUCAGACACUAACUGGCUUGUUCAAAGGAGACAAAUGUCAGAGCUUGGUUGGAAAACCCAAGAUCUUUAUCAUUCAGGCAUGCCGGGGAAACCAGCAUGAUGUGCCUGUCAUUCCUUUGGAUGUGGUGGACCAUCAGACAGACCGGCUAGACAACAACAUAACAGAGGUCGAUGCAGCCUCUGUGUACACGCUGCCAGCUGGAGCCGACUUCCUCAUGUGCUACUCCGUUGCUGAAGGGUACUACUCUCACCGAGAGACUCUGAAUGGCUCCUGGUACAUUCAGGACUUGUGCGAGAUGCUGGGAAAAUACGGCUCCUCCUUAGAGUUCACCGAGCUCCUCACCCUGGUGAACAGGAAGGUGUCUCAGCGCCGAGUGGACUUCUGCAAGGACCUAAGUGCCAUUGGCAAGAAGCAGGUGCCGUGCUUUGCCUCCAUGCUAACAAAGAAGCUUCAUUUCCUGCCCAAAAGCUAGGAAGUAGAGGCUGUUUUAUCUAUAUUCAUAUUUACCCUUUCUACCUAGAUUGAACUGUGUAUGGCCUAGCGAUUUAAAAUGUUUCUGGGUUAGAGUUUAAUGCCUAGCAGAGAAGUGCCUUUUUAAAAAAAAAAAUAGUUCAUGGACAUGGCAAAAGGGUUUGAAAUGAAGUCCUCAGGAAAUACUGUACAUACCGAUCUAUAAGCAUUUAUAGAGUUGUUUUAGUAAACUGCAAAUAUAAACAGUAGAUAUAUGCCUGAUAGAACUUCCAUUUUAUAUGUAGAAUUCAUAAUGUUUUUCAACAGUUUCAUAGCCUAAGAAUGAUUCCUUUAAGAUAUUGAGAAGUCAUGUUUUAUAAAUUUAAUUCCUGUUGGAAAUUGUUUUAUAAAUUUUGUAAUUCA